CCAGUGGGGCCGGCGGGGCUGAGCGGGCCGUGCCCUCGGAGCGGGGAGAUGUUGCAGGGUCCGCCGGGCGCGGGGCACCCCAACGACCUGCCCGACCACGCUCCGCGGGUGCGCAGCGCCGUGGCCGAGCUGCGGCAGCGGGCGGAGGCAGAGCCCGGACAGCGCUGGGUGCAGCCCCUCUCCGAUGCCUUCCUGGUGCGGUUCCUGCGCGCCAGAGACUUCCACAUGGACCUGGCCUGGAGGUUAUUGAAGAAUUAUCAGAAGUGGAGAAUUGAAUGCCCAGAAAUAAGUGCAGAUUUACAACCAUCUUCUGUUCUUGGUCUUUUGCAAGCUGGCUAUCAUGGAGUCCUCAGAUCAAGAGACCCACAUGGAAGCAAAGUUCUAAUAUACAGAAUAGGACAAUGGGAUCCCAAUUUAUUUACUGCAUACGAUGUGUUUCGUGUAAGUCUCAUCACAUCUGAACUCAUUGUAAAGGAGAUUGAGACUCAGCGGAAUGGAGUCAAGGCUAUCUUUGAUCUUCAAGGCUGGCGAUUUGCUCAUGCGUUUCAAAUCAGCCCAGCAGUGGCCAAGAAAAUUGCUGCUGUUCUCACAGAUUCCUUCCCACUAAAAGUUCGAGGUAUCCACUUGAUUAAUGAGCCUUUAUUCUUCCACCCAGUCUUCGCUCUAAUUAAGCCUUUUCUCACUGAAAAAAUAAAGGAACGGGUGCAUAUGCAUGGAAAUAACUACAUGCAAAGUCUGACUGAACACUUCCCCAUCAGCAUUCUCCCACUGGAAUAUGGGGGGGAGGAAGUCUCCAUUGAAGAGCUGGCUAAAGAAUGGACUGACUUUAUAAUGGCAUCUGCAGAUUAUCUUCAGAGCAUUUCUCUGGUUGCACAGGAAUAACCUUAUUGCAGUAUUAUAUCCAUUCUUAAACAGUGAAAACGGAAAUAAGUUUAAUACGAAAAUAUUCAUUUGAACUUGAAAUUAUUGCGAAUGAAACCGGUGUAUCUUUGCAGGGCACUGAAUUUUAUAUUGGCUGCACUUUAUACUAACUGGAGUCUAUCAGUAUGUGUGUCUGAAGAGAUUAAUGAAUUCUACAUAUUCGUAGUGCUGUUUGUAGUUGAUUAAUUUGUAUGCCAGAAAGUUGAAGAAUGCACUGGAUAUCAGACUGAUACUGCUCCUGCUAAGUCUUUGGAGACAACUUAUUUGUAAUAAUGCAGUCCAGAACCUUACAAUUAGCUCUUGUAUCUUGGCUUGUCAAGACAACAGGAUAUAAAACAAAGAACAGAAUGUGGCUAGAGUAGAGUAGUUUGUUGCAGAAGUAUGGCUACGGGGCUAAUUUACAAGGAGAGAAGAGGCUGAUUUUUGGAUUGAUUCUCAGGGAAAAAGGCUAUUUUGUUAGUUUGUGUCAAAUUGAAAAUUAGUUAGCAAUAGUAAGACAUUUGCGUUAAUCUUUGUGCUGCUUGUGCAACUUCCCCUUUUGUGCUAAUUAACACAGUAUCUUCCAGUUUUAUAAAGGAAGCUGGGGAAAACACCAUGUACCUAUUCUUCAAAUGACAGUAUGAAUCAGGAAGAGGAACUGGUAAGAGAGCCCAAACAAACUUGAAAAUUCCUAUUUUCUUUCUUCAAAUUGAUGUUGUGUAUGGACAACUGUAAGAAACUCAGAUUACCACCUUUAAUUCUUACUGUAGAGGACUACAAAGGUCAAGAGCUUUCAGCUUGUUUGCAUUAUCUGUUUGUUUCAGAAGGUGAAAUAGGAUUUUCUGUGUGGAUCUGAACUUUAGAAAUACCUGCUACAUAGUUUAAGGGUUCUUUGAGGUCACUGAACCUCAGCAUAGGAGAUGCUGGAUGUCUUUAUUUUCAGAACAGUAAUUGACAACUUACCAUUCUAUUUGCUGUUAGGCACUGAAAGAAAUUAUUUUUAAUUUCUGUUAAGCCUUCUUUAUUUCUGUAGGGAUAAUGAAAAAAUCUCUAUAUACUUACUGGAAACCAGUUUCUGUUUUGUUUUGGUUUUCUAAGUGGCAUUAUUGAGAUAUGAACACUGUAUAUGUAAAAGCUGUCACUCACAUUACACAGAAGUAUCAUCCUGCAAUCCCCAGUAUCUAAUGAUCUAAAGUAUUAUUUUACUUUUCACUUAGCUUUUUCUUAAAAUCUCUGUUAGUACAACAACUGCUAGAGUCCAUUUACCCAGUUUUUAACUUUGUUUUGUAAUAAGCCAAGAGAUCUUUGCAUAAGCAGUAUAUAUUUAAGCAUUCCAUGAGUCUUCAUAUAAAUGAAUCUGUAACAAAUGCUUUGUUUCUCAGGUAGCUAUAAAUGAUAGCUUCAGUUAUUUUGGAAUCUUUAGCACAUUGGGAUGGUAUAUUCAUAUAUGCUUAGGGGAGAGAAAUUAUGCUAUCCUAUUAAGUCAGAAAUGUCUUAUUUUACAUUAUGACUAAUACUGAAUUAUUGUGAAAGUCAUUGGAAGUUAUUCUUUAUUAGCUAGAGGAAUAUCUAUGAAAGACACAUUAGAGCACUUGUAGUUUCUUCUGCUGUGGUAAGGUGCCAGAAAUUCUUAAAAAAAUGACAAAGCUGCUUACAUUUUUUUUUCUUUCAAUUCCAUGAUUUUCUCAAGUGUGUUUUUCGUUCUCUUCUUUCAUGGUAUAUUUGACAUGGAGCCUAAAUUUAAAUAAAUCUCUUCUAG